UACAGUAUUGCUUAACGUUUAACAAAAGUCAAACAUACAUACUUUUCUGAACUUAUAUUGAGAUUGCGUGUUACUUAAGACUUAUAAGAUAUUGGAUAUAGUGUAAUAUAGUGUAUAAAUGGACAAUUUGGGGAUAUAUAUAGACAAUUUGGGGACAUAUUUAACAGUUGAAACCCCAAAAUGCUGGAGCGACACAAUUCUAUAGGACAAAUAUCGCCAAAACACACUUACAAUAAAAACCAUCUAAAUAGACAUAGCUGUUUACAGAGACAAAAAUCUCGCCAUCUGUUUAAAAAGCAGAGAACAUCCGUCUGUCUGUUCAGCUGUAAGGAAGUAGAGGACAAAGUAAACAAUAACGGUGAAAAAGUUAUUAGUGCCAAGUUGAGUCGUAUGCUAUUGAAGCAUACGAAAUUCGGAUUUAUCGAAAGUUUCCAAAACUUGACCAUAAAACAAGUUUGUGAUACCGAGUGUCGUAUUGGUGGUGAGAGUGAUCAGCUAGUACAAAAUUACUCCAUGCCUGACAACCUUGUGUUCGACUCCGAGAUUACAGCAAAGAUCAUCAACAAGGAAGAGUUUGAGCUUGGUCGUGUCCUAGGUGCAGGAGGUUUCGGGUCCGUGUAUCUGGGCAACUUUAAACGUCAGACGGUUGCUAUAAAAGUUAUGCACAAAUACACGAAGAAUCCAGCCGCCCAGCUUGAAAGUUUCAAGGCUGAAUUACAUGUGAUGCGUUUUAAUCAUCCAAAUAUUGUGAAAACAUUGGCUGCUACUCAUAUUGACCAGUUUGAUGAUGGUGCCUGGGUUGUCAUGGAGUACAUUGGCAGAUCUAGUUUACAGGGAAUUAUUAACGACCCGGCCGAACAUUUUGACUCCAUGAGAAGAUUAAAGUACUCGAUCCAGGUGGCCAGCGCUCUUGCCUAUGCUCACACACAAAAAGUUGCUCAUCUAGACUUGAAACCCGCCAACAUUCUUAUCACAUCAACAGACGACUGUAAAGUGGGCGACUUCGGCUGCUCUCAGAGAGUUGAGUUCGACACUGGCAUUGUCAGUCCGACAAAUCGAUCAAUUCUUACAGGGACAUUCGCUUACCGGGCACCGGAGUUGCUCCGCGGAGAACCGCCCACUUUUAAGGCGGAUAUAUACUCGUAUGGAAUCACGAUGUGGCAAAUGAGGAGUCGGGAAACUCCGUUCACCAAUCAGAAUCAGCACGUGGUUAUAUUCGGAGUUGUUGCUAAUGGGUUAAGACCUAAAGAUCCUGAGCCGUCUGACACCGACCCGUUCGAGCUGAGUUAUAAGGAUUUAUACACCCAGUGUUGGGAUGCUUGCCCGCUUGAUCGUCCGUCUGCGCACGAACUUGUUGAACUAUUGAAUAUUUGGAAGGAAAAUGUAUAAUAGCAGAACAUUUGUAAGACAACAGUGAAUGGAUUUUGUGGCAUUUUGGCCAUCAAAGAAUAAACAUACUAGUAGUUAUGAAUAUUGUUUCAUUUCGUUGUCAAAGAACGUUAUAUAGAUGUAUAUACAUGUUUACAAAUUUUGUACAGUCAUAAUGUUAUACAAGAGAUGGCGUUUUUGCCUUGUUUUCGAUGUACAGUGUACAGUUUUAUUGUUAUACAUUACUUCAUACGUCUAAUAAAAAUUGCAAAAAAUAUGAAAAAAAAAAUAUUUAUAUGUCAAAAUUAUAUAAAUUUACAUAAAUUUACAUGCUUGUACAUAAUUAUACAGAAUAUACACAUAGUUGAAAAGUUUAUACAAAUUCGUAUUAAGUGGGGUCACUGUAAAAGUCUUGAUUUUUUUUACAAGAACAGGCUUUUGUUC